CACUAGGCCGCACCACAGAUCCAUCCAAGGCGGCGAGCUGUGCUAGAUGUGUCUCUCGUAGCAAUUUAGAGGUGGAGCGAGCGUCGCCGAGCCGACUCCGACGUGCUUGCCGCCCGCGGGGCGAGCAGGAAGCGAUGGGGAACAGGGCGUUGCGCCUUGCGGCCCUUCUCAGCCUGUCCCUUCUGGCCACCGGCUUCGGGGCCGAAUUCGACGACUUCAUAGGAACUGAUAACGAGCUGCUGAAGGCUCAGUCUAGGCAGCUGCAGCAGGCAUCAGCCCCAGCCCCUAGCACCAACGGUGGAGCUGGCCUCAUCCAGGACUUUGUGGCUAGGUCAGGCACUCGCUUUGUUGUCCAGUCCAGAGAUGGAGAGCAGGACUCCUGCGAGACCUUCUACUUUGCUGGAGCCAACACGUACUACCUGAUGAUUAGGGCUGCAGACCCCAGGACCAGGCCACAGGUACUGGAGAUCCUUGACUCCGCCAAGGACCUGGGCCUGAAGGUGCUCCGCAUGUGGGCCUUCAACGAGGGCCCUCUGCAGUUUAACACUCUGCAGCGCUACCCAGGCGUGUACGAUGAGAAGGUCUUGGUUGGCCUGGACUUUGUCAUCAAUGAGGCCAGCAAGCGUGGCAUCAGGGUGGUGCUUGUGUUUGCCAACUACUGGGCCAUGUAUGGAGGCAUCGACCAGUACAACAUCUGGUCCUUCGAGGCUGGCAGUGGUAAUUGCAAUGGUGAUGUCACAUGCCGAGAUGAUUUCUACAGCGACCCUGUUGCUGUUGGAUACUACAAGGACCAUGUGAAGAAGCUCAUCAACCGUGUGAACACCUUCAACCAGCGCUUGUACAGGGAGGACCCUACCAUCUUUGGGUACAACCUGAUGAACGAGCCGCGCUCCCAGGCCGAGCUCUACAUCUGGAUCGAAGACAUGGCCGGCUACAUCAAGUCCAUGGACCCCAUCCAUCUGCUGUCCACAGGGCAAGAGGGCUUUGCAGCCAACUCCACACCGCUGUACAUGUACUCUAACCCAGGCGCCUGGGCGUCCCUGCUGGGUGUGGAUUUUGUCCGCAACAACAAGGCCAAGGGGAUUGACUACUCAACCAUGCAUGUCUACGUGGACCAGUGGCUGUGCGUGGCUGAAGGCUCAACAACUCAAGGGCAGCUGGACUUCAUGAAGUCUUGGAUAGAGGCACGGCAGCAAGCAGCUGAGGAAGAGCUCGAGAUGCCAGUUGUCCUCGAAGAGUUUGGCUGCAAGCUGGACAAGAGGCCCGCCCAGUACGGCUUGGCAUACGAGAGCUGUUUGGCAUCUGCAAAGAGAGGGGGUUCAUGUGCUGGAGUUAUGUUCUGGGAUUUGGCUCACAAGGUAUGCAGCUUUCUUCUUCGUAUGAAGGUUAUACGACACAUUUGUGGUGCGAUUGCUCUUCCAUGA